UGGAGUGCUACAUCCUCCAGAAAAUGGACAUCAAGAGGGCUCCGCUGGAAAGGUACCUUGCCAUCCGACUUUAACCGCUGUGCUACAUCUACAGAAGAUCAGCUGAUCAUUAAAGACAGCAAGAAUGACCACAUAUAAACGUAUUGUUACUAAAGGACCUCUUCCUUACUGUUACCUGAAAAUUAGAUUAGAGUUUGAAGAUCCUUCUGUAACCAAGUCUCUGACGGUAAAUGCCACCACACUGAAGCAUGCUAUCGUCACCUCAAUGAAGGGACUGUUCGGAGAGCUUGGAAGCAGUGAGAGCAUAGACAUCCUUAAGUUUGAUGAAGAAAACUAUGAGGCCAUUAUCCGAACAAGACACAGUUUCUUUGUAAAGGUAUGGAGUUCCCUUUGUCUAUGCGGAUCGUUUGGUGGCUACACUUGUGCCUUUAGAGUGAAUCAGGUGUCUGCUCAUUUGAUGGGUCUUGCUUGUAACAGUCGGGAGGACUUUGUGACUUGACCUUGGACUACAAAAACUAUGUUUUUUGAGAUUUGAUUGGAUUAUCUCCCUUAUGGUGAUGAGGCAUACUGAACAGUGCCAUUGUACACUGGAACAAUGACUUUAGGGUAAUCCUUUGAAGUGUUUGUGAACCCAUUUGUAAUUUGGAAAAGCAGUUUCAGACACUGUGCUAAAUGCAUCAUCCAUGAACAUUAUAUACUGGAUAUAGCCCAGAUGUUCAGAUACGGUUUAUAUGUGUUUAACUGUGAUAUUAAUAUGAGUUAUUAGUGGACAUCUGACCGGGCAAAUUAACCUGCAUGUGGAAUAUGCAGGAGGACUUAUCACUGUCCUUUACAAUUGACCAAUAAAGGAUUACAACAAUA